AUGGUGGGUAGGGAAAAGAGUAAGUGUGAUAGUAUUGAGGUGGUGGAUGUGGUUGAUGUGGGGGUGAGGGAUAGUAAGAAUUUCUUCCAUAAGUCUUUGCGUGUCCCUGUGUGGAUUGGUUCUUCUCUACAUCGUUCACGCUUUCCUUGGUUGAUUUCAGCCAUUGAUCCUGUGGAAAUCCUUCAAAACAUUCCACACAAAGUUCUUUUGCAAAAUCCCCCUAAGCCAUACGCUCCCCCAGUUCCAUUUCCUGGUAGGUUGAAAAAUUCAAAGUUUGAUAGAUCAUUUUCUGAGAUUUAUGAUUUGUUGUCAAAAGUGAAUGUGAAUUUGCCUUUGUUAGACAUGAUUAAAAAUAUGCCUGCCUAUGCUAAGUUUUUAAAAGAACUAAACACUAGAAAGCGUAGGUAUACACAUAAUGAAAAAGUUUUUAUUUCUAAAACCGUUAGUGCUGUUUUGCAAACUGACUUGCCCCCAAAAUUAGAAGACCCCGAUAGUUUCAUAAUAACUAUUACAUUGGGGAAUUCUAAGAAAGAAAAGGCAAUGCUUGAUUUAGGGACAAGCAUUAACUUGAUGCCUUAUUCUAUCUACUUGCAGUUAGGUCUGCAUAGAUUAAAACCUACUACAAUGUCCCUAGAGCUUUCUGAUCGUUCUGUUAGAUAUCCUAGGGGCAUUGUAGAAGAUGUUUUGGUCCAAGUUGAUAAACUAAUAAUUCCUGCCGACUUUGUUGUUUUAGAUAUAAAUAAAAAGUGCAAUCAUGCGCAGGAUAUGCUUAUUUUCCUUGGCCGACCUUUUAUGGCCACAGCAAAAACAAUGAUUGAUGUACAAAAUGGAAAAUUAACCAUGACUGUCCUUGAUGAAACUGUUGAAUUUUCCAUUCUGAAAUCAAUGAAAUUGCCUGAAAACAAUAAUAAUCAUUGCUUUGCUGUAGACAUUUUAGAUUCCAUAAUUUCUGCUGAGUUUUUAGAUGAAUCUCCGUUGAAGGUCGAAGCUGAUGAAGAGGAACCUAAUCAAAGCCCAAUAAAAGAGGGGGGGUGUUGA